AUGGAUUUGUCAAGAAAACCCACGAAUCCAAACCCUCAACGUCUGCCUCCUCCAGCCCUUUUCCAGGGCCCACCAUCACACAAUACCUCUAAUAUCUCCUUACCCGUCCCACCUGCAACCUCACCGUUAGCAACUGCCUCUGGCCAACCCCCACCCCUGAAACGGAAUCGGUCAUCUCGGCUAGCCGAGAGCGCAAAUACUGAGAAGUCGAGCUUGUUAUCACCCUUUGUAUCACGCCGCGCCUCCAAACAUGAUGUCGACGGAUCCGAUGCCAUCUGGCAGGAGAUGCAGAACGCUUUGUCAGAAGUGGAACUUAGCGCUGUGACGAGCGAGAAUGUCUUCGGCGCAAAGCACUCUGAAGCAUUGGAAGAUUUACGCAUGAAACAGUUGAAGCUCGCCCAAGCCUGGGCACGUAGUGAAGCAGACGAUGAAGUUGUGGAUCCCGGCCACAGCGGUGCCGAAGAAGCCAGUGGAAAAGCUAGCUUGGCGCGGCGAGGUAUUGAAGAUGAAUCAGCGACAGAAGCUAGCGCAGGUCAAGGUUCGGUAUCGUACCGUACGUUGGAUGACGAGACCGAGAAAGACAUCCGUCUUGCGCGAAAGCGCCGCGAGGCCAAUGACCGGUACUUUGACCGGGUCAACCAGGGCGUUUUGGAUGUCGUUGCUAAACUGGAGGAGGUAUCUCAGGCCAUGCGCACCGUCGAGCGGGAAAGCAAGGAUAUCUGGAGCGACUCAGAUAGUGUCACGACAACUGCACCGUCAUCAACUAAUACAAGCUGA